AUAUGUGGUUCUUAUCUAAGAUUUUACACUCGGAGACACUCGGAGUCCAAACUUAACCCACUCAAACAUGAAUUUGUAGCAGUUAGCUUAGCGUUAGGUAGCCGAGCAAAAACUCCGAGCAUUAUACAGUACAUCUGUAGAAACAUCAGCAGUUUGUCCUGUCUGCUUCCUUAAAAAUGGACCGAACACCUAGGUGUAAAAAAACGGUGAAUUAUUCAGACUUCCUGGGUGAUAGUGAUGAUGAGGACUUUGCCACAGUAAAAGCCCCUCCGAAUAAAAAAGCUUGUGCAUCGCAGCAUGUGAAAAUUGAAAAAGAAACAAUUGAUGUAACUGUUAAAGAAUGCAAAGAAAGAGUGCCUUUGGAUGAUAGAAAGUAUCAAAGAGAUUUAGAAUCUGCACUGGCUCUUUCUUUGUUCCAGACUUUUGAAAAUGCAGAACAUGAUAAGUCUCAUGAAGAUUUACCUCCUGUGCUAACACAUUUCCGUGAAAAGGACCUCUGCUUAGAUGGUAAACCAAACCAGCCUCAGCAAGAUUUACCUCCGUUGCUGUCCAACUGUAGUGUGGAUGUGACCUGCUUUGGUUUAGAUGAGAUCACAAGUGAGCAGCCUUCAACACCUGCUUCAUGCAAAGAAAAGAAGUCCCAAAAAGCAACUGGCCAGCAGAGACGAGUGUUGGCAGAGAUAAAUGACAGUAAAGAGGAUGAAGACUACAAACCUCAAAACACACCUGAGAGUGACUCGGAGUUCAGUGAUCAGGACGAGAGUGAUGAUGAGUUCACUGUAAAGAAAAAAGGAGGAAAAAAUAAAACAAGCAAGAGUGAGAAACAGAAAUCCUGCAAGAGUGCUAAGAAAGAGAAGAAGCCCCUGAAACCGCAGAAGGCCAAAUCACAGCCCACAGCCAGAAACAAAGCACUUAGUAGUCCAACUGUUGAACAAUCAGUGCCUGCACUAAGGCAAACUCCAACCACUCCUCCUAUGAGAAAAAACACAUUAUAUUCCAGUCCUGCUGGAGGUAAAGUGCCAAAAUGGACUCCCCCUGGUGUGGUAGGAAGAAGCGGCAGUUCAAGUCAGAGUCCUCCCAUUAAGUCUCCUGGUCUUGGUCUGCGUUUAGGACUGUCCCGUCUGGCUAGAGUCAAACCUCUACACCCAAAUGCGGUGGCACAUUAAGCUGGGCUCAUGGAAUAAGCAAAAUCAUUAUGAACAAAGAUUGCAGGCAUCCUCUUAGCAGUAUCUGUCUGCACAGCAGCUUUGGCUAUAGACUUCUUUCAUUUUAAUUCAUUUCUAAAGACAAAGCUUUAUCUUCUGGUCUCCAUUUCUUUUAUUAGUAACUUUUUAUGUAUAUUUCUACUGUGUGCUCAUGGUGAUUUUUUUCUAAAGUUUAAAU